CUUUCACUUCGCACGCGCCAUCAGUAGAGAGCGGAUCGGAUCCUAUCUGUUUCUCUUCUGUCUGCUCCUCCGGCCCCUCGUCUUCGACUGCCUGCAACUGUCGACCGCAGGAUAAACAGACGAUUUAGUCACAAAGACGGCUUCGUGAACCGGACGGAGCAAAUUUCCAAAGUCGUCGCUGCCAUGGUCCUAUCCCGUUUCACGUCACCGCGCUGGUUUCUGUUGCCGACGAUAUGGCUUCUCGCCGGCAGAGUAUCAAGCGGUGCUCUUGCCGCGUGGUGGACGGAAAUUGGACCGAGUGUGAUGAUGCAAGACGAUAAGACCGGCGAUAUUCGAUACAGUCUGUGCAACAGCCAGGACACGCCAAUUUUCCCCGAAAAUAAGUCCAUCACGGUGCCUUUGUUUCAGUAUGCGCCCAAGAACGGGUCAGAUUUGACAGGAGCCGGGUGGUGGGAUGGCUCUUCUACUCAGGCGUCUAUUUUCUACCAGGAUGAUGCGGGCCGCAUCAUAAACUCCCUUCUCAAAUGUGACUGGGACACAGGUUUUUGGUCUAACACGGGCGAUUGGAUCAUUUCAGCAGGAUCAUCUUCAGUCUCGUCUACGACAGGUCUGUCAGUCGUCCUGCUCGGAUCCGAAGAUGGUUAUCGUGUCUUCUACAGCGACACCGCAGAGAAACUCCGAUAUCUAGGCUACACAACAGACUCCGAUUGGGCCGAUUAUGGGGCAGUAUCAAACGAUGAGGUGGCCGGGACGGCCAUAGGAGCCAUGUUCUCGGGGGGGAACAACAUAACGGUCGUGACGCCCAGAGAUUCUCAAAAUAUGGAGGUCUCUAGGUUUGCUAAAGACGACUCGUGGUAUAUAUCAACCUUUCCCCAUCCCCUCACUGACGAGUUGGCCACAAACUCCACAAACACGACCAGCUUCACGCUCAAUGCAACAACAACGCCCAACUUCACCCUGCCGGCCUGGGACGGCAAGCCGGCGUCUCUGGGCGUGAGCAUAGACAGCGACGGCGCUCGGUCCAUCUUUUAUAUUGGCACUGACAGUCAGUUGUACCAAGUGGCCAAUAGCGACGAUGACGACGCCUGGAGGUUGUACUCACGUCCCAACGAGACCUUCUGGCCCAAAGCCGACGAAUCCAACGGUCGUUUGGCUGUCGCGAACAACCCGGGCUCCUCCGCAUUGCGAGUGUACUACGUCAGUGGAGGAGCAGUCAUAGAAGCUAACGGAGACGACCACAAAUGGUCGACCGCCGCCGCUCUGCCAACAGUCAACACCUCCACAAGCGCUGCGGCAUCAUCAUCACCACCAUCAUCAUCAUCAUCAACCUCGUCCUCAGCAUCCGCAGGAUUGUCGACCGGUGCCAAGGCAGGGGUCGGUGUUGGCGUCUCGCUGGGUGCUAUCGCAGUAGCAGGCAUGAUUGGCACAGUAUUAUUUCUUCGUAAGCGGCAGCAGCGCCGUGAUGCAAAGGAGCAGGCCGCGAUGCAUAAUGGAGGACAUUUGCCGCACAACCCGGGGGCGGAGUACACGCAAGCGACAGGAUAUCCCCCGACCACACACCCUAAUGGUGCGCACGGCGGAUGGUACCCGCAGCAGGACAAGGCCCCAUCUGUGAUGGGCGAGCUGCAGGGCCCGGGAAAUAUACACGAAAUGCCCGAGAAUAGGAAGACGAUGCAUGAGAUGAUGGGUGAGGGGCAUUAUAGGGAGGCGCCUUAGUAGCUGUCGGUUUGUCUGAAGUGCAUCAUCUCAGCGAUAAGAUGUUGAUUAUAUAUCUCAUAGAAUUGAGCUGCAGAAGUGAGCUAACCGCUAAAAUACAAAUGUAACACUUCAGCAUGGAACCAACUUAGUAACGUACCAGAAGCUGUACAGUCACAUUCCUACACUAUUGCCCAGGAGUCAAUGCUGAUAUUGCAAAGUCGUGCAUUCUAGGUUACAAACAAGUACCACUAAAUUCGUACUCUCUGGCCGGACGUAAGUUUGGAAGAAAAGGGGGCAAAGAUACUCUUGACGUCAAGGUUUCCCCAAAGGGGGUAUAAUUCGCAAGCUUGCGACCUAGAGAACCGGCAGUACAAUUCCACCGUCGGGGUCCUCAGUGGCGGUGUGUAA